AUGAGGGAAGGAGGAGGAGGAGGAAGAAGAGGAACAUCAAAGCUUAGAGAAGUAGCAAGAAAAGUUGCAGUUGCUGCAAUCUAUGCAUGUGGUUCAUUCUCCAGAAGAAAAUCAUUGGUGGAUCCAGUUCCCAUUGACACUUCCUGUGCUUUAUCUGCCACUAUCUCAAAUUCCUCAUUUGUGUCUCCAUCUACAACAAAAUAUUCCUCAGGAGAAAUAAUUGAAGAAACUGAUUCAACUAUAACCACAAACAUCAACAAUAAUGAGCCUCAUAGUAAGGGUUUGUGUGCUAUAUGCUUAGAUCCUCUGAGUUACCACAGCAAGGGAAGCAGUCCAGGCCAAGCUAUAUUCACUGCUCAGUGUUCUCAUGCAUUCCAUUUUGCCUGCAUCUCUUCCAAUGUCCGUCACGGUAGUGUCACUUGCCCCAUUUGCCGUGCCCAUUGGACACAGCUCCCUCGCAACCUUACCAACACUCUUUCUGGUUCUUUUGCUUCUAGUAACCAAAGUGAUCCUAUUCUUCGAAUCCUUGAUGAUUCAAUUGCUACCUUCCGUGUUCACCGCCGUUCUGUCCUGCGUACUGCUCGCUAUGAUGACGACGAUCCUGUUGAGCCUAAUGAAUCACCUGACACUCCUAAAUUGUGUUUCUCUCUAGAACAUAUUCCAUCAAAUGCAGCAACUGGUUUCCAUCCUGCUUUGCAAGUGAGCAACCAUGCCUCAUGUCCUUGCAGCUCGUCAUCGAUGUUACAUUCUUCGCCUAUGCAAACGCCUUAUAUCACCUGUCCCUCGUCUAAUAGAGCUUAUCUUUCAGUAAAACUAGCCCACGAACGAGCAACCGACUUGGUCUUAGUUGCUAGUCCCAAUGGACCACACCUAAGGCUUCUCAAACAAGCAAUGGCUCUUGUGGUUUUCUCCCUCAGGCACAUUGACCGACUAGCCAUUGUCACAUACUCCUCAGCCGCAGCUCGUGUCUUCCCCUUAAGACGCAUGACAACCUAUGGAAAACGCACAGCCCUUCAAGUUAUCGACCGUUUGUUUUACAUGGGCCAAGCUGAUCCAGUCGAAGGGUUGAAGAAAGGAAUCAAGAUACUCGAAGACCGAUUACACAAGAACCCCGAGUCAUGUAUCCUCCACCUAUCUGACAAUCCUACAAGACCAUACCAUGCGAUCAGCAUGGAACUUCCAUCCACACCAAUUCAUCGAUUCCAUGUAGGAUUCGGCUUCGGCACUUCAAGUGGAUUUGUGAUGCAAGAGUUUGAGGAAUUUUUGGCCAAAAUGUUAGGAGGCAUUGUUAGGGAAAUCCAACUAAGAAUAUGCGGAGCCGGCGAGGAAGGUGGAAAUGGAAGAGUGAUAAGAAUCGGAGAGAUAAGAGGUGGAGAAGAAAGAAGAAUUGUAUUAGAGUUAGGUGAUUGUAGUCAUGUGUAUGUAGAAUACAGCUACAUAGAAGGUGAAAUUGAUGAGUGUGUUAGAAGAACAGGAGAAAGUGUUGUAGGUGUUGGAGAUGAACAUAAAGGUGAAGAUGAUGAUGGUGAAGAGAAUGAGAGUGAAAGAGAUAUGAACACUACAAACACAGGUGGUAGGAAUAGUAGUGUUGAAUGCUGGGAUUUUCAUGAUCCUUAUAUGGCUAGAAGAUGGGCCAAGUAUUUGCAUGGUUAUAGACUUUGA